CUAGAGGGAAAGGAAUUCGGAAGAUGCGACAGUGACAGACAGACGCACAGACCUUCGGAAGACACCACCGUAGGCAGCCUAUCCCCAGAGUCCGUGAAGCUUCUCAGCUCUAUUCCCUGGUGGGAGGCCGAGCUGGUGGUGAAGAGCCUAGAAGAGACUGACAGGCGAUCAUAAUGUCUUUGCGUUUACACACACUGCCCACCCUGCCUGGAGCUGUCAGACCUGGCUGCAGGGAGCUACUGUGUUUGUUGGUGAUCACUGUGACUGUGAGCCCUGGCACCUCUGGGGUAUGCCCCACUGCUUGCAUCUGUGCCACUGACAUCGUGAGCUGCACCAACAAAAACCUGUCUAAGGUGCCUGGGAACCUUUAUAGACUGAUUAAGAGACUGGAUCUGAGUUAUAACAGAAUUGGCCUUCUGGAUUCUGAGUGGAUUCCAGUAUCAUUUGGAAAGCUGAACACCCUAAUUAUUCGUCAUAACAACAUCACCAGCAUUUCCAUGGGCAGUUUUUCCACAACUCCAAAUUUGAAGUGUCUUGACUUAUCCUCCAAUAAGCUGAAGACUGUGAAAAGUGCAGUGUUCCAAGAGUUGAAGGUUCUGGAAGUGCUCCUGCUUUACAACAAUCACAUUUCCUAUCUCGAUCCUUCAGCGUUUGGAGGACUCUUCCAGUUGCAGAAACUCUACUUAAGUGGAAACUUUCUCACACAGUUUCCCAUGGAUUUGUAUGUUGGAAGGUUCAAGCUGGCAGAACUGAUGUUUCUAGAUGUUUCUUAUAACCGGAUCCCCUUCCUGCCAACACACCAUAUAAAUUUAGUGCCCGGAAAGCAGCUGAGAGGCAUCCAUCUUCAUGGAAACCCGUUCGUCUGUGACUGUUCCCUUUAUUCCUUGCUGAUCUUUUGGUACCGUAGGCACUUUAGCUCAGUGAUGGAUUUUAAGAAUGAUUAUACCUGUCUCCUGUGGUCUGACUCUAAGCACUCCCAGCAGGUACUUCUGCUCCAGGAUAGCUUUAUGAAUUGCUCUGACAGUAUCAUCAAUGGCUCCUUCCGUGCACUUGGCUUUAUUCAUGAGGCUCAAGUUGGGGAAAGGCUGAUUAUUCACUGUGACAGCAAGACUGGUAGUUCAAAUACUGAUUUCCUUUGGGUGGGUCCAGAUAACAGACUGCUAGAACCAGACGAAAAGGAGGGAAACUUUCGUGUGUUUCACAAUGGAACGCUGGUGAUAGAAAGUCCUCGUUUUGAGGAUGCUGGAGUGUAUUCUUGUAUUGCAAUGAACAGGCAACGCCUGUUAAAUGAAACUGUGGAUGUCACAAUAAACGUGAGCAAUUUCACUGUAAACAGAUCCCAUGCCCAUGAGGCAUUUAACACAGCUUUUACCACUCUUGCAGCCUGUGUGGCCAGUAUCGUUUUGGUACUUUUGUACCUCUAUCUGACGCCGUGUCCCUGCAGGUGUAGAGCCAAAAGACAAAAGAGUACCCAAAACCAAAGCAGUGCCCAUUCAUCUAUUCUCAGUCCUGGCCUGGCUAGUGACGUCCCAGCUGAUGAACGGAAGGCAGGUGCCGGUAAAAGAGUGGUGUUCUUGGAACCCCUGAAAGAUACUGCAGCAGGGCAGAAUGGGAAAAUCAGGUUCUUUCCCAGUGAACCGGUUAUAGCUGAGGGCAUCUUAAAGUCCACGAGGGUGAAAUCCGACUCAGAUUCAGUCAAUUCAGUGUUUUCAGACACACCCUUUGUGGCAUCCACUUAAUUUUGUGCCUGUAUUUGUACGAUGUAGUCACUUAAUCUGUCCAUCUUUAACUUUGUGUAUGGUCUGCAGAAUAAACGGCAGGACUAAAAAUGAUUUUUGGGUUUUGAAAUACAACCAAAUGGUCUUUUACAUGGUUGACAGGAAACGUGGUAAAGCACUUUGGUUCCUUGAUGUGCCAGAGAAAGAUGGGGUUGUUUUCCAGUGUUUAGGUUCUAGAUAACAAUAUCUUAGUCUUACCACUACUGAUCAUUUCAAAGCUGACCUGGAGGUGAUUUGACUGACAUUGUCCUUUUAUUCAGAAUUCUUGAAAGAAAAAAUAAACUGUGUUAUUGUUCUUUAAAAAGAGACUUGACUAACUUAGGACCAAAGUUAAGUUAUUUUAAAGAGAAGUGCUAGCUUCCCAUUUCAUUUAGAAGAACCAAAUAAGCAUUAUGUAUACAGCACAAAAAAGUUAGAUUUGGGAAUAAUUUAGCCAAAUUCAUCAUUUCAGACCAGAGUAAACAGACUUCACUGAUAAAAUUUACCGGGUACUGCUACAUCCCAUACGAUGUUAGAUAAAUAGUGCAAUAAAGGUACAUUUGUUUGUCUUCUUUCCAUUCUGUAAAUUUCCUAUCCUUGUACAAAAGAUCUUAUUGAAAGUUUAGUCAUCAUUAUUUGUUGCCAUAAAUAUGUAGGUGUCAAUACCAAGAUGUCUGAGUAACUUCUUACACCUUUGUUUUAGUAGACUAAUAUUUGUUUAUAUGCUUGUGUGUAUGUAAACCUUAAAUUAUAUUAACUAUUACAUCGAUCUUACUGUAUUGUGCUUUGGACAUUUGAAUUAAUGUAAGUAUAUGUAUUGUGUAACUUAAUGUUCUGUUUUAUUUCACUAUUUAAAAACAUAAAUCUAAGAUGUUUUAUGUGA